AUGACGGGGCUGUCAAGUCGCCAGCAAGCUGCCACACCAUUACAGGUCAAGAAUCAGCCUCCUACCUUUGCACCCCUUAUCAGACUUCGGCGUAGGUCGCCGCCGCUUCCAGGAGGAAUUGGUGGUGUAGCUGAUGCUGUGCAAGGCAUCGAUCAUGCGAUCUCCACUCAUCGCGUCGAGCUACAACCACCCGAGCAACGAGCAUUGGGAUCAGGGAGCUCCUCAAAGACGGUCUCCCAUACUGCCGAAUUGAGCGCACCCGAAAAGACGAAAGCCAAGCGAGGAAGAAAGUCUCUUGACACGCCAGCACCUGCUACCGUUGCGAAGAAGGCCAAAUCCGUGCUAACAGAGGACUUCGGAAAGCACACGAAGCAGGUGGAAGCCAUGUUGGCUUUAGCAAUCCCUCCGUUACGCCGACCGAGUGCAGAGGUGGUAGCUGAAGGCGCCAAGCAACCUCAUCCAUCUGUGCUCUCUACAAUCCCGGGCAGGAAGAACAUGUUUGGCAACUACAUGGAGGGCAUGUGGCGCAAAGAGGCGCGGGAAGGUCCACCAAUACCCGAACACAAACUACUGCCGGCGUCUGACCUUCUAACAUCGCCCCCGCGUCCGAUACACAGCAUAGAGCUCAAAUUGCCUAUGGAGAGAACCAAGGACAAGCCUCCUGUACACAUACCACCCCAGGAAAGUGUCCAGGCGGCGGUCGAUCAUUAUGCCGCUCGCUUUCAUCCUACUAUGAAGAGGUUUUCUGUACGUUGCGUCUCGGACACCUAAGCGCUCAGGAUCUCAAUGUGCCCUCCUGACUGUUCAACAUUUCCUGUCCCAACUCAGGUUUUGCGCGCCUUUGGCCGUAGUGACCAUGAACCGAUCUUGCACAUGACUGGGACUGCUCAAGACGAUGCGGGUCGAAAGAUCCCCGGUGGCGGAUUGACUAGCCUCGGCAAAUGGUAUGCGCAUCACAAAAUCUAUAUGAUGCCAGGCACGACGCACUCUAGGGGUCACUUCGGCCUGCUGAAUGCCGAAACGCCACCGCCGGGUACGAAGAUCAUGACUUCGAUCGGCGAUGAUAACAGUUUCUGGAGGUCCUCGCGCAAAAUCAACGGUAUGCCUUGGAAACACAAUACGUUGUUCGGUUUGAAAAGAGCGGACAUCAUCGAUCCGCAGAAGGUGGCCGAACGCAGGCAAGCCUAUGCGGCUAUUAGACGGACGGAGCAGCAUAAGAAGGAGAGAAAUGCUAAGCGUAGAGCGCGUGUUGCGGAACGGAAUGGCAUGUACGGGGAACAAGGCGGGAGGACAAGUUCGUAUGGUUCCGCAAGCCACUCCAAGUCCUCUCUCUCCAGCUCAAAUCCGCUUCAGUCGGCAGACAAGGAGAAAAAAGGCGUCAGCCACUCGGCGAUCUCAAAUCCGACGUCUGUCGAGGAUGGAACAGCAGCAGAGGUAGAACACGGCAGCCACUCAAGCACCCAAGCAGCUCGGACCAGCGCGCGAGGAGUGGGUCAUGCUUGGUCAGCUUUGGCACCGGAUUCACCAUCCGUCUCUAACAAAUCAACCGCAGAGGCAAGUCAUGGUCAGCUGUCGACUCCUGAAGAGCCUCGGACCAGUCAAGGCAAAUCAUCAAGUCACGACUCCUCCAGGACAACACAGGCGCUCGCGGGCAGUGCCGGUGACGCCGCAACAUCAUCGCAGCACAGGCGACCAUUCAGCCCUGCAAAUUCGCAAGCCAAUCAGAGGCACAUCUCAAUACCACCUUCGCCGUCAAAUGCAGACGAUGAUGUAUUUGCUUCGCUAAGUCCCAUCGAGCACCUCGAUCAUUCCUAA